GAGGCCUGGUGGGAGGAGGCAGACUGGGCUGGCUGCAUCUGGGCCACCCACAGCCACCAGCAGACCACUGCUCUGCCCAGGGUGAGCAGAGGAGCAGCCCAGGUGUGCCGGCUCCGUGCGCCCUCAGGAUGCCGCCCCCACCGGUUCCGGGGUCCCUGGCCCUGCUGGACACCACAGAAGGGUUUGCCAGAAGGAAGAGGACCUCCCUGUGGUUUGUAGGGUCCCUGCUACUGGUGUCUGUCCUCAUACUGACCAUCGGCCUUGCUGCCACCACUAGGACGGAGAACGUGACCGUGGGAGGCUACUACCCAGGCAUCAUUCUGGGCUUCGGUUCUUUCUUGGGAAUCAUCGGCAUUAACCUGGUGGAGAAUAGAAGACAAAUGCUGGUGGCGGCCAUCAUAUUCAUCAGCUUUGGCGUGGUGGCUGCCUUCUGCUGUGCCAUCGUGGAUGGCGUGUUUGCUGCACAACACAUCGAACCACGGCCCCUCAGUAUGGGAAGAUGUCAGUUCUACUCUAGUGGGGCAGGGUACCUGUAUGACGUCUACCAGACAGAGGUCACCUGCUACUCCUUCAAUGGCAAGUGCCAGCUGAAGGUGAGGAGCAACACCUGCUACUGCUGUGACCUCUACGCCUGCGGGAGCAUGGAGCCCUCGCCCACCUAUUAUGAGUUUGUGGGCGUGCGUGGCUGUCAGGACGUGGUCCACCUCUACCGGCUGCUGUGGGUCUCCACAGUGCUGAACGUCUUGGGCCUGUGUGUGGGCAUUGUCACGGCUGCAGUCCUGGGGGCCUUCAAGGACAUGGUCCCUCUGACCCAGAUGGCCUGCAGUCGGUCCACUGCGCCUCAGAUCCUCUACGACCCUGCCCAGCAGAUACUGGCCUACACAGGCUUCUGCCCACCGCCCCCAAGCGUGCCAACCUGCUCGUCCUACCCGCUGCCCCUUCAGCCCUCCAGCAUCCUCUCGGCCUCAGCCUCCACUGACCUCCGUCCGCCUGAGGAUGUGCAGCCUCCCUCUCAGGGCUCCCACCAUGGGCCUCCACCCCAUGCCCCAACGCCCUGUGUGCCAGCCUACUGCCUCUCGGGGGAGAAGCCACCCCCCUACGCACCCUGACACUGGGUGGCAGAAUGGAAAGUGACUUGGUUUUGCUUGUUUCUUAAAAACGCCACCUCUAGAAAUCCUGCUUCAGCAGCUGACCCUCUAGAGGGCUGGAGAGUGUUCUGGAAGGCUGUGCCCUCCUCCCCUUCAGGGGCCCAUCCUGAGCCACGAAUGAAGGUGGAAGCUGAGUCUGGCCAACGCCCGUGGCAGCCCUGCUUCUGCCUCUCUUAGCACGAAGCCAACACCAUAGGCUCAGCCCGGCCUCCUUGGGUGAAAGGGGCUGCUCUGACACCUGCCAUCACUCACCAAGCCACAGAUUCAUUCCCUGCCUUCCUCUUAACCUCACUCCUUAAGGAAAAGUGUAGAUUUUUGUAUUUGUGUGUAAGAUGGGCCGGGACCCCACCUGACCCUUAGUGCCCUGUUCUACUGACAUUUGCUUGGAAAGAAAAGCUGCCUCCAACCCUGCUUCCAAAGGCCUGCACUCGAGGCCUGUGUCCUCUUGCCCACUCAGUGCUGGGACACAGAUCUGCCACCCUCGUGUCGAGGCCCAUCUGCCGAGUGCUGCCUGGGGCCCUGGGGUCCUGUGCUGCUCCUCACACUGCCCAGAGACUGCCCACCUGCAGCUUGCCACCCGGGCGCCAUCGAGCCUCUGAUCUCUGUUCAAGGGGAUGCCAGCGCAGACAGCCCGGGACCCAGGUCUCCCUGCUCUGUCAUGCACUGAGGGUCCCAUGUGUGGCCACCCUGCCAGCACAGGUGAAGAGACCAGAGAGUGCUCGCUUUCAGAGAUGGCCAGGUCCCGACCGACGGCGCAGAGUCCCUGCAUGAGCUGUGAGCCAUCGGAAUGCGCCCCAGCGUGCGCACAUGCUGUGCGGAUUCCCUGCGGCCAGAGCGUCCUGGAAAUCAUCCAAUGCAGGGACAGGCGAGUCCGCCCCAGGACGGUCGCAGAGGGACUCGGCACCUCUCCGUCCACCAGAAGGAGGGCUAGGAGGAGAGGCCAGCUCUUCCUGCCCCUCCCCUGCUUCGCGGGGUUCCCGGGGUGCCCAGGCACACAAUAAACCU